CUUGAGGCAACAUUUGUUUACCAUCCGGGUUGUGCAGUACUUUGGUGUACUGUUCUCCUAACCAAACCAGCUCCUUCAAAACAUUCUCAUCGGAUGCCUCAAAUUACUACUGACUGAAGGCCAACGCAAUCCCGAACAUCAAGUCAAAGGGUAGAGACAUGGAAAUUGAGGAGAGGAAAUCCAGGUCACGACUAACAACUAAAAAACUAAAGGAAAUUAGGCAUCCCACAGAUGUCACUGUAGAAGAUCUUCACUAUGAGAAGCACGAUCCCCUCCACGUUAAACAGGAAGAGGAGUCUGAGAUGCCGUACAUCAAAGAGGAGGCAGAGCCAGAGACCCUUGACAUUAAAGAAGAAGACCAGGAACUUGAAAUCCCCAAGUUUCCAAUUACUGUUAUUGUGAAGAGCGAAGAAGAUGAAAGACCAAGCGAAGAGAGCGGAACAGCGAAACAUUCGAGUGACAGCUCCUUUCAGCACCUGACAAAUAAAGAAGAGGGACGAUCACAACCGGACAGCCUCUUAGCUCCGCUUUCGGACAGCGACGACCUAACGUUACAUUCUUCUGACUUUAGUUAUGAUGAGGAGGAUGAUGACUUUGACCAAAAUGCUUCAAAAUCUUUAAACAACUCAUCAUUGAAAAGAGACACAAAGGAAUGUGCGGUUGGGAAGCCUUUCGCCUGCACAUUUUGCGAUAAAAGAUUUUCACGCAAUUCUUGUUUAAACAGACAUAAACGUACACACACUGGAGAAAAGCUUUUUGCCUGCACAUCUUGUGGUAAAACAUUCGUCGAAAAGAGAGAUUUAAACAGACACACAAGCAGACACACUGGAGAGAAGCCUUUCGCCUGCACACUUUGCGAUAAAAGAUUUUCACAGAAGACUCAUUUAGAAAGACAUAAGCCCACACACACUGGAGAGAAGCCUUUCGCCUGCGCACUCUGUGGUAAAAGAUUCAUCGAGAAGGGAAGUUUAAACAAACACACAAGCAACCACACUGGAGAGAAACCUUACGCCUGCACACUUUGUGAUAAAAAAUACUUCACAAAGGGAAAUUUAAACGUUCAUAUAAGAAUACACACCGGAGAAAAGCCUUUUGUCUGCACAUGUUGUGGUAAAAGAUACAUUGAGAAGGGAGGUUUAAAAAAACACAGACGUACACACAUUGGAGAAAAGCCUUUCGCCUGCUCACUUUGCGAUAAAAGAUUUUCUCAGAAGACUCAUUUAGAAAGGCAUAAACAUACACACACUGGAGAAAAGCCUUUUGCAUGCUCAUUUUGUGGUAAACAAUUUGCUCAGAAAGGAACUUUAGUAAGGCACAUAAGAAGCCACACUGAAAAGAGUUCCGCAGACAACACUUUAGAAGAUUUACACCCUGAGAAGCACGGUCCUCUCCACGUUAAACAGGAAGAGGAGUCUGACAUGCUGUGGCUCAAACAGGAGGCGGAGCCAGAGACCCCUGACAUUAAAGAAGAAAAACAGGAAGCUGAAAUCCCCAAGUUUCCAAUGGGUGUCGGUGUAAAGAGUGAAGAAGACAAAGGUCCAAGCGAUGACAGCGGAGCAGCGAAACCCUCGAGCGACAGCUCAUUUCAGCGUGUGACAACAAAAGGAGAGGGAAGAUCGCAACCGGACGGCCUCUUAGCUCUGUUUUCAGACAGCGAUGACGUAACAUCACAUUCUUCUGACUUUAAUACUGAUGGGGAGGAGGAGGAUGACUUUGACCAAAAUGCUUCAAAAUCCUUAGACAAGUCACGAUUGAAAAGAGACGCAAAAGAAGGUGCGGUUGGGAAACCUUUUUCCUGCUCACUUUGUGAUAAAACAUUUCCUUGCAAAUGCAACUUAAAGGCACACAUGCGCACUCACACUGGAGAGAAGCCUUUUGCCUGCACUGCAACCACCAGAGUGAGUUGGACACUGGAGAGUGCAGAAAUGGCUAAGUUUUUUACCAAAGACAAAGCCCUUCAAGCAAUUUUGGCAACCGACACCGAAGACGAUUGCGGUUCUGAGUCGUCGGGGGAGUAUUCGCCCGAUUGUCAACCUGAUGCUGAUGACAACAUCGAGGAGGACAACUCCGAUUGGGAAGAAGAGGAGGGAGCCCCGGAUGAUGCUGCGGAAGCGGUCGGGCAGGACCAGGAUCCAUCGGACAGUGGCGAUCAUACGGUAUGGAGCUCGAAAAAUAAAAAAGUGAUGUGGCAUCCAACCAACGAAGUGGCUAGACAAUAUGUCCCUGUACAAAUACCCACACCUGGCCCCACGUCGUAUGCAGUAGCCAGGAUCAGGAGCCCGGAGACAGCGUUUGCAUUGUUUGUGGAUAAGAAGAUCGUCGCGAAAAUAGUCAAAAUGACCAACCUCCAAGGGCUCAGAACGAUCAAGAACUGGUCUCCCCUCACGCCCCAAGAGCUGCGGGCGUAUAUCGGGCUCCUGAUCCUGGCUGGAAUUUACCGGUCCAGGCAUGAAGCGACGAGCAGCUUGUGGGGCGCCAAGACCGGGCGUCCGAUGUUCUCCGACGCAAUGGCUCAUCGGAGGUUUAUGGAGAUCAACCGAAUGCUACGUUUCGACGAUAAGCUGCUUAGACCACAGCGGCACCAUGCGAACAAACUGUCGCCGAUAUCAGAUUUGUGGAACAGCUGGAAUUUCCGGCUGCAGAAAAUGUUCAACGUGGGACGUGACGUGUGCGUGGACGAUCAGCUAAUUGCCUUUACAGGACGCUGCAGCUUCAAACAGUAUAUGCCGUCAAAGCCCGCAAAGUAUGGCAUAAAAAUUUGGGCACUCUGUGACGCUCGAACCUCCUACGCAUUGAAGCUAAAGGUCUACACCGGCAAGCCUCCACGGGACACGCGUGAACACAAUGUAGGAAUGCGUGUGGUGCUGGGACUCACUGACGCGCUGGAAGGGCACACAAUAACAGUGGGCAACUUUUUCACAUCAAUACACCUUGCAGCAGAACUAAAAAAAAAAAGAAACUCACUUGUGGGUACUAUAAAGAGGAACAAGCCGGAGCUCCCUGCACAAGUGACACAAACAACAGGAAGGCAGCCCCUCUCGAGCAUUUUCUGCUUCACCAAAGACAUGGCUUUGGUUUCAUACAUCCCCAAAAAAGGGAAAAAUGUGCUGGUGCUCAGCACAGUUCACAAGGAGCCUAAAGUGGAGGACGAGGGCAAAAGAAAACCCGAAAUGAUAUUGGAUUACAAUAAAUCUAAGGUAGCAGUGGACCACCUGGACCAGGCGUGUGGCACAUACUCAACUCGCCGGCGAGCACAACGGUGGCCAAUGCGCCUUUUCUACCACAUGCUGGACAUUUCGGCCUUCAAUGCCUUUUUGCUGUACACCUCUGUGAACCCGGGUUGGAACGCCAACAAACUUUACAGAAGAAGGCUGUUCCUCGAGGAGUGUCCCACAGAUGUCAGUGUAGAAGAUCUACACCAUGAGAAGCACGAUCCCCUCCACGUUAAACAGGAAGAGGAGUCCGAGAUGCCGUACAUCAAACAGGAGGCAGAGCCAGAGACCCCCGACAUGAAAGAAGAAGACCAGGAAGUUGAAAUCCACAAGUUUCCAAUGGGUGUUAGUGUGAAGAGCGAACAAGACGAAGGACUGAGCGAAGACAGCGGAGCAGCUAACCCUUUGAGCGACAGCUCAUUUCAGCACCUGACAACAAAAGGAAAGGGACAAUCGCAACCGGACGGCGUCUUAGCUCCGCUUUCAGACAGCGACGACAUAACGUCACACUCUUCUGGCUUUAAUACUGAUGAGGAGGAUGAUGACUUUGACCAAAAUGCCUCAAAAUCUUUAAACGAGUCAUCAUUAAAAAAGGACACAAAGGAAUGCGUGGUUGGGAAACAAUUCACCUGCACACUUUGUGGUAAAAGAUUUUCUCGGAAUUUUACUUUAAAUAGACAUAAGACCAUACACACUGGAGAGAAGCCUUUUGCCUGCACACUUUGUGAUAAAAGAUUCAUCGAUAAGGGACGUUUAAACAGACAUACCAGAAACCACUCUGGAGAGAAGCCUUUUGUCUGCUCACUUUGUGGUAAAAGAUUCACUGUGAAGACUAAUUUAGAAAGGCAUAAGCGUACACACACUGGAGAAAAGCCUUUUGUCUGUACAUGUUGUGAUAAAAGAUUCUCUGAUAAGAGAGAUUUAAACAGACACACAAGCAGACACACUGAAGAGAAGCCUUUCGCCUGCACACAUUGUGGUAAAAGAUUCUCUCAGAAGACCGAUUUAGUAAUGCAUGAGCGUACACACACUGGAGAAAUGCCUUAUGCCUGCACACUUUGCAGUAAAACAUUCACCGAGAAGAGACUUUUAAACAAACACACAAGAAGACACACUGGAGAGAAGCCUUAUGCCUGCACACUUUGUGGUAAAAGAUUCACCGAGAAGACUAAUUUAGAAAAGCAUAAGCGUACACACACUGGAGAAAAGCCUUAUGCCUGCACACUUUGCAGUAAAAGAUUCACCGAGAAGAGACUUUUAAACAAACACACAAGAAGACACACUGGAGAGAAGCCUUAUGCCUGCACACUUUGUGGUAAAAAAUACUCCACAAAGGACAAUUUAAACAUACACACAAGAACACACACUGGAGAGAAGCCUUAUGCCUGCACACUUUGUGAUAAAAAAUACUACAGGAAGGCAAAUUUAAACAUUCACACAAGAACACACAGUGGAGAGAAGCGUUUUGCCUGCACACUGUGCGAUAAAAGAUUUUCUCGGAAGGCAAAUUUAGAAAUACAUAAGCGCAAACACACAGAAAUACAUAAUGAUUACAUAAAUGAUAUGAAAUGA